AUGAAUAGCCAAACACUUCCGACACCACAACUUGCCGAUCGCGGUAGGAGGAAUGAUAUCUUUCCUGACCCGAUAGGUUCUAUCACUCCAUAUAUUCUUCUCUACGUCGUUCAGCUCGUGGCCUUGGCUUCGCCCAAGUUCCCCCUUCGCCGAUUCUUAUUCUCUGGUAUUCUCCUGGGAUUGCUGGUCCAGACACAGACCCAGCCCCCUUUCACCAACGAAAUAGGGUUAGCGCAGCUCUUCUGCAUUCAAUGGAGCUUCCUACUUGCCACGUUGGAAAAGAUCCUCCUUUCGGGAGAAGAAGGUCCGGAAUCUCACUUCUGGCGGGAGAAGGCUGGUGAGAAGGAAGCCGAGAGCUAUCCGGCGUUCAGUCUGCGGAAACUCCACUGGGCUCUCAUGCUCAUUGUGAACCAGAGAGGAAUCGGCUGGAAUCAUCAGGUCAAAAACGUCCCGCAAGUCGUAAACAUGAAGAGGUCCGUGUUCUUGCGCCGGCAGCUUUUCCACCUUGUCAAGUCAUUCCUCCUGGCAGAUCUUUGCUUCAACCUAGGUAUACGGUUCUUCUACACAAACCCCGAGACGGGCAUCGUCGGGGAUAUCAAUUCUAAAUAUAUAACAAUGAACUACGCAUGUCCAGGCUGGCGCGUAACGACAGUUCUUGUGUUUGCCGCAACACCUUACUUUGCUCUAUCUACGCAGUAUGCGUUAGGGUCAAUUGUAUUUGUUGGAUUGGGACUUAAUGAGCCCGAGGAUUGGCCACCAUUGUUCAAUCCGAUCAGCGAAGCAACCACAGUCCGAAACCUUUGGGGGAAAUACUGGCAUCAGGUUAUCCGUAGAGCCCUUUCUACCUGGUCUAGCGCACUCGUCGAUGCACUUGGUAUCCAGCACGGCACAAAUCUAUCGUCUUAUACCCAGCUAUGGUUUAGCUUCGUCGUCUCUGGCUAUUUUCAUGCUCGCUCGCAUCUCAUCCUCCCUUCGCCUAUCAACGUGACAGUCGCCGAACGUGCUUACCCAAUAUUCUACUUUUUUGUUCUUCAGGCAACUGCCAUCACCUUCGAAGACUUUGUUAAGUGGGCGUGGUGUAAGGGACUAGGGAUGGGCGAGGGUGAGAGUAGAUGGAGGAAGACAGUGGGUUACCUUUGGGUUACGGGAUGGCUGGUGUGGUCGGUCAAGUUCCCUGCCCUGGCUUACUUGAAGACAAGAGUGGGAACAGAGAGUCCUUUCCCCUUUACGAUUGUAGGACCGUGGACUGAAAUCGUGCCCAUGCCAAUCUAG